GUGGUUUGCGAGACCGAGGCUCCUAUAGGGUUCGCAGCUCGCCCGCCCCUUCCAUCGGGGACUUGGAUUCGGCUUGCCCCAGGCGGGUAGCUGUCGAAUCCGGAGGAGGAGCUAAGGACGGCGGCCCGCGUUGCGCAGGUGGGAAGAUGGCGGCAGCCUCGGUCUCGGCGGCUUCUGAGUCUCAGUUUUCGAGCGUUCUGGCUGAACCAUCAAAGUCUAGUGGAAAUAUGGUUUACCAUUCUUCAUCUCCAUAUGUAUUAUAUCCACCUGAUAAGCCUUUCCUUAACAGUGAUCUCAGACGCUCCCCAAAUAAGCCCACAUUUGCCUAUCCGGAAAGCAACAGCAGAGCCAUAUUUUCUGCUCUUAAGAAUCUUCAAGAUAAGAUUCGACGCCUUGAGUUGGAAAGGAUUCAGGCAGAAGAAAGUGUGAAAACCUUGUCCAGGGAAACAAUUGAAUAUAAGAAAGUGUUGGAUGAACAGAUACAAGAGAGAGAGAAUUCAAAGAACGAAGAAUCAAAGCACAAUCAAGAACUGGCAUCCCAGUUGGUAGCUGCAGAAAAUAAAUGUAAUCUUUUAGAAAAACAAUUGGAAUACAUGCGAAAUAUGAUAAAGCAUGCAGAGAUGGAGAGAACAUCUGUCUUAGAAAAGCAGGUUUCACUAGAAAGAGAACGGCAGCACGAUCAAACCCAUGUUCAGAGCCAGCUGGAAAAACUGGAUAUUCUUGAACAGGAGUACAACAAACUCACCGCAAUGCAGGCCCUUGCAGAAAAAAAAAUGCAAGAGUUGGAGUCCAAACUCCGUGAAGAAGAGCAGGAAAGGAAGCGUAUGCAGGCUCGGGCAGCAGAGUUACAGAGUGGUCUAGAAGCAAAUAGACUUAUUUUUGAAGAUAAGACUACUUCAUGUGUUCCAACCACCACUAGAAAAAUAAAAAAAAAGAAGUCAAAACCACCAGAAAAGAAAGGUUCUGGGAACUAUUUUGGUGCACAGCCACAUUACAGAUUGUGCUUAGGUGAUAUGCCUUUUGUUGCUGGAACGUCCACGAGUCCCAGCCAUGCCGUGGUAGCCAAUGUUCAGCAUGUCUUGCAUCUGAUGAAACACCACAGUAAAGCCCUGUGCAAUGAUCGAGUUGUUAACAGUGUUCCCUUGGCAAAGCAAGCUUGUUCACGAGGUAGUAAGAGUAAGAAGUCAGUGACGCCUCCUUCCAGCAGUGUUAAUGAAGAACUUUCGGAUGUCUUACAGACCUUACAGGAUGAAUUUGGGCAAAUGAGCUUUGAUCAUCAGCAGCUUACUAAACUCAUACAGGAAUCACCCAGUGUGGAACUGAAAGACAACCUGGAGUGUGAAUUGGAGGCAUUAGUGGGAAGAAUGGAAGCAAAGGCCAACCAGAUAACUAAAGUUCGAAAAUACCAAGCCCAGCUGGAAAAACAAAACACAGAUAAGCAGAAGAAGGAAUUAAAAGUUAACAAAAAGACUCUUGAUGAAGAAGGAUACAGCAGCGGUCGUUCAUCUGGAGUCACAAGGACCACAAGUAAGAAGGAUCUGACCAAACAGAGACCCGGAGAAAAAAGCAGGAAAAAUCUUCAGUUACUGAAGGACAUGCAAACCAUACAGAAUUCAUUGCAAAGCAGUAAUCUGUGUUGGGAUUACUGACACCAGGUCAUAAAUGAUGUACCUUACUGGUCAUAAAUGAUGUACUUACUGGACAAUGAGCGGACUUUCCAGGUCUCAUGCUUGCUAAGCUGCCAUUACUGGCAGGUGUUAGGGCCAAGCUUCAUUACUGUCUGUUGUGCUGUGCAGCAUAACUGAAUGGAGACGGAGGUCUACAGCAGAGAGCCCACUGUGUCUUUGAAUUUGCUGUACUCAUACACUGCACUUUGUAAACAAAUGACCAGUUUUUUACUUGUGGAUGUGUUUUUUAAGUAGGUAUAUAUAUAAAUUGGGUUUGAAAAUUCAGAGUAUGAGGCUGUUCCCAUGGUCAGUGCUUGAAGUUUUGUUUUUAAAUCUUCCCAAGCAUGAAGUGCCCACUACUUUCCCUUCUCCAGAUGACCAUUAAAUGUACUGUUUUCAAGAGGACUUUGUUUUGCUUUGGUAUUUCAGACAUUGAUCAAUAGUAAAUCCACUAUUAAAGACCCAAACAUUUUAAGUCAGCCCAUGAAAUAUGUCACAAUGUCUUCAUUAAACAGUUGUUAAUGGAAUAAAGAAUGAAAGGGGGGAGGUGUUGUGAAAUGUAUACAUUUGCAGUUUUUAGACAGUACCUAUUUGUAAUCAUGUUGAAUCCCAUGCUUUUAGCAUACAGUAUAAGGGUAGUAUGUGAACUGAAUACACCCGUCUAUCAUGUCAUUGUAAAUUAUUAAUUUUGAAUAGGUUGACAUGUUAAUUUUUAUAAAUUUGGUGCUUCAAAUCAAUAAAACGAUUUUUAAACUUUGCUUAACAGCCA